AUGAAGCUCUGGAUUUUUGUGGUAUGUUCAGUUCUGGUUACAUCUGAUCCUUUCCAGUCAGAAACAUCUUUUAAUAGAGUCAGAGGAUCUUGUCAGAGUUUGUGUUCCUGUGAAGAAAAGGAUGACACUAUGAUUAUAAACUGUGAAGAAAGAGGCAUCAAGAUGGUGUCAGAAAUAAAUGUCCCACCAUCACGGCCCUUCCAUCUUAAUUUGUUAAACAAUGGCCUGACAAUGCUACAUGUGAAUGAUUUUGCUGGCCUUGUUAAUGCUAUCUCUCUACAUCUUGGAUUUAAUAAUAUUGCAGAUAUUGAGCCUGGGGCUUUUAAUGGUCUCAACCUUCUUAAGCAACUUCACAUCAAUCACAAUUCUUUAGAAACACUUAAAGAAGAUACAUUUGAUGGAUUGGAAAAUUUGGAAUUUCUUCAAGCAGACAACAAUUUCAUCACAGUGAUUGAAGCAAGUGCCUUUAGCAAGCUCAGUAGGCUUAAAGUGCUUAUUUUGAAUGAUAAUGCUAUCGAGUACCUUCCUCCAAACAUAUUUCGUUUUGUGCCGUUGACUCAUUUAGAUCUUCGGGGAAACCAGUUACAGACUCUACCAUAUGUUGGCUUUUUAGAACACAUCGGUAGAAUACUAGACCUUCAGCUGGAAGAUAAUAAAUGGGCUUGUAACUGUGAUUUGCUUCAGCUGAAGACAUGGCUGGAAAACAUGCCUCCUCAGUCAAUAAUAGGAGAUGUUGUAUGCAAUAGUCCUCCAGUUAUCAAAGGCAGCAUACUAAACAGGUUGAAAAAAGAAUCACUUUGUCCCAUUCCUACUGUCAAUGAACUUGAAGAUCCUUCAGGGUCACUGCCCUUGGUUGUAACCACCACUGUAAGCGAUAGCCACCUGUCAACUAAGGUCAUUCCUAUGCUGAAAGCUCCUACUAAAGAAACAAAUUUAAUGCUUCAUACUUCAAAGCCAACUACACAAUUUCCAGGAAUCUAUUGUCCCAUUCCCUGUCACUGCACCAGCCAUAUGCUCUCAGGAGUUCUCAUGCACUGUCAGGAGCGAAAUAUUGAAAGCCUGUCUGAUUUAGGACCUCCUCCUACAAAUCCUAAAAAACUUAUUCUAGCAGGAAACAUUAUUCAGACAUUACUUAAGUCAGAUCUUAUGGACUAUGCUAGUCUAGAAAUGCUUCAUCUGGGAAACAAUCGUAUUGAAAUCCUUGAGGAAGGAGCUUUCAUGAAUCUGACUAGACUGCAGAAACUGUAUCUCAAUGGCAACCAUCUUACAAAGCUAAGUCAGAAUCUUUUCCUUGGCCUUCAGCACCUUGAAUACCUGUACCUUGAAUAUAAUGCCAUCAAAGAAGUUUUACCAGGGACAUUUAAUACAAUGCCAAAACUUAAGGUCCUCUACUUAAACAAUAACCUUUUGCAAACUUUACCACCCCAUAUCUUUUCUGGGGUGCCACUUGCCCGAUUAAAUCUGAAAACAAACCAGUUUGCUUACUUGCCUGUGAGCAAUGUCUUGGAUGAACUGAAUAUGUUGGUACAAAUUGAACUUGAAGACAACCCCUGGGACUGUACAUGUGAUUCAGUUGGACUGCAAAAAUGGAUACAAAAGCUGAGUAAGAGUACAAUGAUGGGUGACGUUUUUUGUAAAUCUCCAGGACACUUAGAAAAAAAAAACCUGAAAUCCCUCAACAGUGAAGUCUUGUGUCCAGAUUUAAUAAAGAGCCCUGCCCUACCAACUCAUGCCAGUUUUGUAGUUGUAGCAACUUCUACUACUAGCAACACUGCAGAUACCAUCCUGCAAUCACUUACAGAUGCUGUCCCACUUUCUGUUCUAAUACUGGGACUUCUAAUUGUAUUUAUAAUUAUUGUAUUUUGUGCAGCAGGAAUAGUUGUUCUUGUUCUGCAUCGGCGGCAACGAUGUAAAAAGAAACAAGCCAAUGAACAAGUGAGGGAUAGUAGCCCAGUUCACCUUCAGUACAGCAUGUAUGGGCAUAAAACAACACAUCACUCAACAGAGCGUCCAGCUGCAGGUCUCUAUGAGCAACGUAUGAUUACUCCCAUGGUUCAGGUCUAUCACAGCCCAUCCUUCAGCCCGAAGCAUACUGAACAACAAGAAGAGGAAAGUGAGAAAGCAACUAAUGAUUCCAAACAUCUCUGCAGAAGUCUCCUAGAAAGAGAGAAUAGUUCACCACUUACUGGUUCAAAUGUCAAGUAUACAGCUGCAGAUCAAUCUGCAGAAUUUCUGUCUUUUCAAGAUGCCAGCUGCUUGUACAGAAAUAUUCUCGAAAAAGAGAGGGAGCUGCAGCAACUUGGAAUCACAGAGUACUUAAGAAAAAAUAUUGUUCAACUCCAGCCUGAAAUGGAAGUACAUUAUCCUGGAACACAUGAGGAACUAAAGCUAAUGGAGACACUAAUGUACUCCAGACCAAGAAAGGUUUUUCUAGAACAAACUAAAAAUGAGUAUUUUGAACUCAAAGCUAAUCUACAUGCUGAGCCUGACUACCUGGAAGUCCUUGAGCAGCAAACAUGAAGUGAUAACACAUUGGUCUAGGGCCAAAAAUCUGUAAUUCCAUUUUAAGUUGGAGCUAUUGAAAAUAAAAGUGCCUUGUAAUGACAUGUCAACAAUUAGAACUUAAGCACAUCAGUAAUCCUAGCAAAAAAACAAACAAACAAAAAACAAAACAAAACAAAACAAAAAACUCAGGGAUCACUGUGGGAAGCCAUGGGGUUGUGUGUAGACAAUAUGUCUCAACUCAAGUUAAACGUGAAUUGUGUGAUUGAACUGUGAGAGGAAGAUUGCUUAUUGCAAUAUUCCUUAGCAUUUUUUAAAGGUGUGUGUGGCGUUCUCUUUUGUGUACCUAACCUAUGAAAAAAAGUUUGCUACCUGUACUCUCUGGUUUUCCCCUAGUUUAAUUAGAUUCCUUAAAACAAACACAAAAAGAAAAACAAACAAGCCCUCACACCUGUAUUUGUAGUUAGAAGCUUAGAGUGUAUUAAGUAUUAGUAUGAGCACUGCAUACAUGACCGUUGUCUACAACCACACCUAACAUACUCUUAUAAUAAAUAUGAAAGGAUUAAAAAUGUUGUCAUGCUAAAUGUUCGUUAAAAACAAAAAAAGAA